GUUUGUUAUCGCAAGCACACCCAAGUCGUCGCCGCCAUGAACGCUCUGUUGGUCACCAUUCUUCUGGGCCUGGCGUCCUACGCCGCCGCUGGAGGCUUCACCGCCCCAUCCCCCUACGCCGCUAGCGUGUACGGCCCGUCUAUCGGAUCCGUUGGCUACGGAUACGGCGGACGCGGAUUCCUGCCUCAGGCCUACAACCUCCAGGUGCGCUUCGGUGGUGGCGUCAAGGCCGGUGUUGCCUACGGCGGAUACGGACACGGAGGAUACGGUCUUGCCGUCGGUGGUUACGGACACGGUGUCGCCCUCGGCCACGGAGGAUACGGACACGGUCUCGCCCUCGGCUACGGCGGCUACGGACACGGUCUUGCCCUCGGCUAUGGCGGUUACGGACACGGUCUUGGAUACGGAAAGCUCUACGGUUAAACGAUUCACCAAGCUAGCAGCUGCGUGCAUGUACAUUAACACAUAACCCGGGCAAAGGCUCCGCAGGACGGAUACGCAAUGUGUUCGCCAUCGGCCGAUGCGCUCAAACUCGAGAGUACAAACACACAAAGUACGUACACACAACUCUCACGAAACACUCUACCCAAGUAACAUGCGCUACACGUGACAAGCACCACACUCUACGGACCACGAGACACAAUAAAAAUGUUUGUAAAGCCUGUCUUGCAUGUUACUGGUUGCGUC